AUGGACAAAGCAAUGUUCGAAGCCGCGAUGGCAGAAGCCGUCGAUGGAGGCGUGAUCUCAGGCGCUGCAUGUAUAGCAGGCCUCAGUGAUGGGUCAACCCUCUACGAAGGUGCUUUUGGCAAGAACGGGGCUGAAUUGGACGCCACGGCAAUGCGAAUGGACACAGUAAUGUGGAUUGCAAGCUGUACCAAGCUCCUCACCUCCAUCGCAGCACUACAAUGUGUUGAGAGAGGCCUACUUGCUCUCGAUGCCCCGGUAUCGGACAUUCUGCCCGAACUUGGCUCCCCUAGCAUCUUAACAGGUUUGGAUGCCGACAAUGGGAAACCCAACCUUUGCAAGGCCUCAAAGGCCAUCACCCUUCGACAGCUGCUGACGCAUACUUCGGGCUUUGCGUAUGUCGGUAUGAAUCAAGCACUUACGAUGUACUCGGCACAAGUAUAUGGCGAGCCGCCGAGCUUCAAACUCGAUUCUCCAAAGUAUGGCUUUGAACUACCUCUCGUGUUCGAGCCUGGCGAGAGCUGGGAGUAUGGGGUGUCGCUUGAAUGGGUAGGGCGAAUGGUGGAGCGUGUCAAUGGCGACAAGAAGCUGGGAGAGUUCAUGCAGGAUAACAUAUUCGACGUUCUAGGCAUGAAUCUCACCACUUUCCGGCCUUGGGCUCGACCAGAGGUUUUGGAACGCAUGGGAGGCCGCACCUGGAGGAAUCCGGAGACGGGCAAAAUCGCAAUUGACGAAAGUGGGUGGUUUCCCUUCAUCGAGCCCGAGGCGGACUAUGGUGGUGGCGGUGCCUACACCUGCGCUGUAGACUAUGUGAAGGUUUUGAUGUCGUUACUCCUCAAUGAUGGGAAAUUGCUGACAUCGGAGACGGUGGAGAUGUUCUUCACCCCACAACUGGAUGAUUCUACGGCGGUCGCUCUAUGCAGAGAACUAUCCACUGGACCUAUUGCGGUGGGUGCUACUAACGGCCUCCCUCGGGAUCGCCUGUUCAACCACGGACUUGGUGGUGCGAUGUGUAUGGAAAGCAUUCCGGAGCAUUGUGCUAGGGGCAUGAUGUUCUGGAGUGGGCUACCAAAUUCCUUCUGGUUUAUCGACAGAGAAGCGGGCGUUUGUGGCAUGUACCUUUCACACAUGUUCCCGCCUGGUGACCAGCCCACUCAGAAAUUGAAUGCCAAAUUCCAACAAUUUGCUUAUGUGGCAGGUUCACGACUUUGA